AUGAAGCGCAGGUGGCCUAGCCCUGCCGUGGCGGGGCUGGCGGCCGUCUCGGCGCUGCUGUGCGCGCUGCUGGCGCCGGCGCGGGCCGUGGUGCGGGCGGUGCUGGACGCCAACGGCAGCAGCGUGGACUUCGCCCAUCUGCCGGCGCUCUUCGGCGCGCCCCUGGCCCCCGAGGGCUUGCGGGGCUACCUAACGGAGGCCAAGCCGGCCAACGCGUGCCAGCCCAUCGAGGGGCCGCCGCUGACCAACAGCUCCCUGGGCGCCAUCGUCCUCAUCCGCCGCUAUGAUUGUACGUUCGACCUCAAGGUGCUGCACGCCCAGCGGGCCGGCUACGAGGCAGCCAUCGUGCACAACGUGCAGUCGGACGAACUGGUGCGCAUGGGCCACGUGUACGAGCAAGUGCGCCGCCAGAUCGCCAUCCCGUCCGUGUUCGUGGGCGAGGCCGCCUCGCAGGACCUGCGCACGCUCCUGCGCUGUGACAAAUCGGCCCACGUGGUGCUGCUCCCGGACUACCCGGCCUGCCCGGACCUGGACUGCCACCCGGUGCUAGCCGCGUCUUGGCUGCUGGGCCGAGCGCUGGCGCUGGGCCUGGGCGCCUGCCUCGUGCUGCGCCGCCUGAGCUUUUGGUUCUGGAGUUGGUGGAGCCCGGAGCCCUCCGGCCGGCCACGGCGCUUCCGCCGGGCACAGGUGCGCACCUUCACGCGGCGGAACGACCUGUGCGCCAUCUGCCUCGAUGACUAUCAGGAGGGCGACCAGCUCAAGAUCUUGGCCUGCUCGCACGCCUACCACUGCAAAUGCAUCGACCCCUGGUUCGCGCGCACCGCCCGCCGCUCGUGCCCUGUGUGCAAACAGUCCGUGGCCAGCACCGAGGACGGCUCCGAUUCCACCGUGGACAGUUUCGGCGACGACGACCCGUCGUCCCUGCCCGGCCACCAGCCACCGAUCUGGGCCAUCCAGGCGCGCCUCCGCUCCCGGAGGCUGGAGCUGCUGGCCCGGGCCGGUCCGCGGACACGCUGCAGUGUGGGGUCCUUGGGUGUGGCGGAGACAGUGGUCUCCUCGGGCACCGGCACGUCCCAGGGACCCUCCUGA